UCUAGGGAAACCCUAUUCAGUUCAAUUCCUUUCUGCAGUUUCCUUUUUAUUUUUGCGGUUAUGGAGCAAUUUUUAUCACGCUUCAACAGCUUUCACGGGGCUUUACUUUUCAUGUUUCGAUUUAUUAAAGAUAUUUGGAGGAACUCGAAUAGAUUUUAUUUUGUUCGAUGUUGUUAUGGAUAUGGUGUUGUCGAUGAACAAAUGUCAUUUGCCCUAUUUUCGUAAGAAAAGAAGCUAUUUUUUCCAAUUUUUAUUCAUCCGGGACUGGAGAAACUAUAAAUGAACAUGCUUUCAGGAAUGAAAGGCAGUUCCUUUUUUUUUCUUUAAUUCAAAAGUUGCUUGCUGUGGUCACUAACAGUUCCCGUAUGUAGCCCAAAAAGAUAGAGUUUGUUAAUAUCAACUUAAAUGUAUAUCUGGAAGUGCAGAAGGAUUGAUUUUCUGACUAUGCUGCAAGGUAGAAAGUAGGAAAGAAUUGUUGUUGGAAGAAGAAAAUUAUGGGUAUAUCUGCAAUAAUGGGAGUGAAGGCAACUGUUUCACUGUUGGCAUUUUAUUUCCUCAAAGAGUCUGGUGUGAAAGUGAUUCUUAUACCCCUUCUACAUGCCUCUUUGGUUGAUUAUUUAGUUGCUAUUGCAUCCCUUCCAGCAGUCAAUCUUCCCCUGCUUUUGGGCAAGAACUCUGAUGGGAGUUUCCCUCUUUGGUCGAUGCUCAUAUUUGGGCCUUUUCUGGCUUUUGCCCGGAUAUUUGUGUUCUUGAGGAGAUUGAAGAGCAGGGAACCAGCAUAUAGCAAGAUUUCUGAAGGUUUAUAUGUUGGAGCCUGGCCAUUUUCAUUGGAUCAUGUGCCCCCAGGUGAGCCUGCAGUAAUUGAUUGCACAUGUGAAUUACCAAGAAGCUCCGUGCUCUCACAGAAUGAAUAUCUGUGCAUUGGUAUUUGGGAUACAAGGGCCCCUCAGCCAUCACAAAUUGAAUCUGCAGUUCGGUGGGCAUGCAGAAAGCGGGCUUUAAAGAAACCUGUAUUUGUCCACUGUGCAUUCGGCCAUGGGAGGAGUGUAUGCAUCAUCUGUGCGCUUCUAGUUGCUUUUGAUUUGGCUGAGGAUUGGAAAAGUGCUGAAAAGAUGAUUCGAGAAAAGCGUCCUUUUAUCCGAUUGAAUGCUCUUCAUCGCAGAAGCUUGGAAGAAUGGUCAAAACAUCGGAUAUCAUCAAAAAGACAAGAAUUGGAAGUGAGUUCUGUCAUUCUUUCUGAUUAUUCUAGAGAAUAAUGAACUCAAGCUUGCAAUACAGGGCUUCCCAACAUCAGUAUUUUAGCAUUUAUAUAUAAUUCACAGAUUGAAUACAAUGAGAGAAACCCUCAAAUUAUUGUUCUUCCUUAUAUAUUUUGAUGCUCGAUUAAUUUAGCAUAUUCCUUUUUUUCCUUAUCUGCGCAUCCAUCAAUUAUUACUGGGAAUGAAAGUUUAAACUGUGGACAUUC